AAAAAGAGGGACUAUAUUAUUUUAAUGGCAUCUUUUCAGGAAAGUGUUUGUCUACCAUAUGCAUGCUCUCAUCAUCAUCUAGAAAGCAGGCAUGGUUGUGGCAUCGUUGUUUUGGGACAUGCAUGUAUUUAUGAUCUGUUUCUAGUCGUGUGCUUACCUUCAAAACAUCAUUGGGUUGUCUCUCUUCUUAUAUACUACGGCAGCCUUAUCAUCUGAUAUUACUGCCUCGAGCUUUUGGUUGUGUUUUCUUCAUUCACUUUCCAAAAUAUUAGCGUACUAAGCUUGAUCCAUGUGCAUUAAAGUGUGUUUUUUGUUGGCUAUGUAUUUCAUCAAAAGGGGUAUAAGAUGUUUUUUGUCACACAGAAAAUAAGCUAUGGACUUGUUAAAAGAAGCUGACAUGCUCUGGUGUCAAUCUUCAAGUAUGCCUAUUGAACAAAACCAUGACUUGAAAGAACUUGCAGAUCAAGUACCUACUGGUAAGGGAAGAUAUCAAAGAACACAAGCAAAAAGAUUGUACAGACACGGUCUUUGUUCUCUCAGGUUCUCCGAGGAUAGAGGACCAACCUGGAUGCAUGUUCUGUUCGCGUUUUGCAGGCAUUUCUGGCGAGUUUCCUGCUUGCUUGUCAGUAUCAGAGAUUGGUCAUCAGCUUGCUAGUUCAUAAAUCGAUUAUAUUGUGAAUAUAUCAGACCAAUCACGCCCUAAGUAAUCUGAUUGCUAUUCUCUACAAUACUGAUCAGCUUGAUUUGUUACUGGAGAAGAAUAGUUUCCUGUUCUUACACACCAAAUAGUGUCCAAAACGAGGAGUCAUUUUCCAUUUAGAAGCCUUGUGAUGUCGAAGUCCAAACUCCCUUCAUCAUGCUACAGAGCAAAAAAACUUCAUUUGUUGGCAAAGUUAAGUGGCACCAAACAACAAACCUUCUAGUUAAAUAUAUAUAUUUUAUCAAACCCUUCCUCUCAACGUCCCUCCUUCAGUGCCAAGCCAAAGUACUCCAAACCCUUUAAAGCCUGUUCUAAGUCCCAUGUCUCUUUCUCCUUAACAACCCUCUUCGAUCUUUCUCAUGUAUAUUAAAACAUUCAAAAAACAAGUCUAAAAACACACACACACACACACACACACACAUGUCUAGCCCAAUUGCUAAGCAAGUUUAAUUAGGUGACUGAUAGAAACCUCCUUAAAUUAACUCCUACCAAAUCCUUCCUCUUACAGCCGAGUUCUUGCAAUUCUACUCAUCAGUUCUUCUUUGAGUGCGACUGCCAAAUGAUGAAAUAACCAACCAAGAAAAGACAACAAGAAACUGCUCUACUUUUGGGGUUGAUAUUGCUUCUUGUUUCUUGUUUUUGCUGUAUUUUAGGUGUUUGGUUUGAAAUAAAAUGCGGCUUCUUAUAUCACCAAGUUUGAGGCAUGUAACAGUUCUUCCAGGAAAUGGUGUUAGAGAAUUUAUCAAAGUGAAGGUUAGAGCAAGAAGGGUUUCGUAUCGAAUGCUCUUCUACUCUCUCUUGUUCUUCACAUUUAUUCUUCGGUUUGUGUUCCUUUUGUCCACCGCUGACACCAUUGAUGCAGAAACCAAGUGCUCUACACUAGGUUGCCUGGGGAAAAGACUAGGACCAAGAAUAUUGAGGAGAAGGCUUGAUUCUGCUGUACCAGAGGUGAUAUAUCAAGUGCUAGAACAACCACUUGACAAUGAUGAAUUAAAGGGAAGAGAUGAUAUUCCUCAGACAUUGGAGGAAUUUAUGGAUGAAGUGAAAAACAACAUAUUUGAUGCAAAAGCUUUUGCUCUCAAGCUCAGAGAAAUGGUCACUCUACUUGAACAGAGGACUAGAAAUGCCAAAAUCCAAGAAUAUCUGUACAGGCAUGUCGCGUCAAGUAGCAUACCUAAACAGCUCCUUUGCCUUGCCUUGAGGUUAGCCCAUGAACACUCCACCAAUGCAGCUGCUCGACGCCAGCUCCCAUUGCCGGAACUCGUCCCUGCGCUUGUCGACAAUUCUUAUUUUCACUUUGUCCUAGCUUCAGACAAUGUGCUUGCUGCUUCUGUAGUCGCCAAUUCACUUUUCCAAAAUGCUUUGCGCCCCGAAAAGUUUGUUCUGCACAUAAUAACAGACAGGAAAACGUAUUCGCCUAUGCAAGCAUGGUUCUCAUUGCACCCUCUAUCUCCUGCAAUAAUUGAGGUCAAGGCAUUGCAUCAUUUUGAUUGGUUCGCAAAGGGGAAAGUCCCAGUUUUAGAAGCAAUGGAGAAGGAUCUAAGGGUGAGGUCACGGUUUAGAGGGGGCUCGUCUGCAAUCGUGGAAAGUAGCACCGAUAAACCUCAUAUUAUCGCAGCAAAGCUGCAAACACUUGGUCCCAAAUACAAUUCAGUGAUGAAUCACAUUCGAAUUCAUCUACCUGAGUUGUUCCCAAGUCUAAACAAGGUUGUGUUCCUAGACGAUGACAUCGUGGCGCAGACCGAUCUUUCGCCUCUUUGGGACAUUGACAUGAAUGGAAAGGUUAAUGGGGCAGUAGAAACCUGUCGAGGACAAGACAAGUUUGUCAUGUCGAAGCGGUUAAAGAACUAUUUGAACUUCUCUCAUCCUUUGAUAGCAAAAAAUUUCAACCCGAACGAAUGUGCUUGGGCUUAUGGCAUGAAUAUCUUCGAUUUAGAAGCUUGGAGGAAAACCAACAUAAGCAUAACAUAUCAUCACUGGGUUGAAGAGAACUUGAAAUCAGGCCUGAGUUUGUGGCAGCUAGGAACAUUACCACCAGGUCUAAUAGCAUUCCAUGGUCACGUCCAUGUUAUCGAUCCCUUUUGGCAUAUGUUGGGGCUAGGCUACCAAGAAAAUACUAGUUUGGCCGAUGCUGAGACUGCCGGCGUCAUCCAUUUCAAUGGUCGAGCAAAGCCUUGGCUAGAUAUAGCAUUCCCUCAACUCCGGCCCCUGUGGGCCAAGUACAUCAACUCUUCUGACAAGUUCAUUACGGGCUGUCAUAUUAGGACAUCAUAACUUGAAUUUUGAGAGGAUAACGUUGACCGCAAUGGUGGUUAAUAUAUGUCUAUCUAUGAGGAGGCAAAAAAGGAAAGAGGAGAGAAUUCUUCACAAAUUCAAGGUCUUGACUUCAGAAUGUAUAGAUAUAUACAACCACAGGCAUUUGUUUGAUUGAUUUUUUUAGAACUCUUCCUCUGUGGCUGAAAGUUCUUCCCUUGCCUUCCCUUUUUACUUCAAUUCUCAAUUCAAUUUUAAUCAGAAAAUCAUGUUUAUGGAUUUUCAACCA